AUGGACCCCACCUUCUUGAACCGCAACGUCAACCAGGGCUUCUCGGGCGGCGAGAAGAAGCGCAACGAGAUCCUGCAGCUCGCCGUCCUCGAGUCUGAGAUGUCCAUUCUGGAUGAGAUUGACAGCGGCCUGGACAUUGAUGCGCUGAGGGACGUGGCGGGUGCGGUCAACGGCCUCAAGCGGGAGGACACGGCCGUGCUGAUGGUCACGCACUACAAGCGCCUGCUGGACUACAUCCGCCCCGAGUACGUGCACAUUAUGGAGGCGGGCCGCAUCACCCAGACGGGCGGCAUGGACCUGGUGGACCAGCUGGAGGCGGGCGGCUACGCGACACUCACCGCCUCGGCGUGA